AUGCAUCUUUCAGCUCACUCAAGGCCUAUUUCAAACGGCUACUUCGAGAGUCGAGUCGCCAUAACCACUGGAGCGCUUAACGACUGUGUACCUGUACCAGCCCAUGCAGCAAAUGCCACCAUGACUUUCGAACUAACUCCUGCUAUCCGGCUCUCAACUUCACGCCUAGCAACGGUGGCGACCACUUUUCGAAUGCUAAACUUUAAAAAUGCUCUCACGUAA